AAGAGACAGGUGGUUGUCAAUGCGUUUUCCACUGAAGACGAUCGCUUUCUUUUCUGUGCGUCUCCGAGGUCUUGUCCGAACUCCGAACAGAGGAGCUUCGCAAAACUCGCUCUCGCAGUCUCGCAAAGGGGAUUGAGGUUCCUUGCGCGUCCAUUAAUUCGAUGGAUGAGCGGCCAUCUGUGGUUGAGGAUGGGGAUGCAAUCGAGUGUUCAAGUGGAAAAGAAACACCAAAUGAAGGGUGUUCUGAUAUGGAGCCAUAUGUCGGGAUGGAGUUUGAAUCUGAGGAAGCUGCAAAAGUUUUUUAUGACACUUAUGCCACACACAUGGGUUUCAUCAUGCGCGUUGAUGCGUUUCGGAGAUCAAUGCGUGAUGGGAAGGUUGUAUGGCGUCGGCUUGUCUGUAAUAAAGAAGGUUUCCGAAAGUCAAGGCCUCGGAGAAGUGAAAAUAGAAAGCCAAGAGCUAUCACGAGGGAAGGCUGUAAGGCAAUGAUAGUGGUCAAGAAAGACAAAACCGGAAAAUGGGUGGUCACGAAAUUUAUAAAGGAGCAUAACCAUCCACUGGUAGCUGCUCCAGCAAAUAGCCGCCGGAGUGUUCUUCUCUCUCAAACACCAGAUGAGAAAGAUGUUAAAAUUCGGGAGUUGACUGCUGAGCUACAGCGUGAGCGGAAGAGAUCCGCCGCUUAUCUGGCGCAGCUCGAAAUGGUUUUGCGGGAUAUGGAAGAGCAUUCAGGCCACCUAUCGAAAAACAUCGAAGACAUAGUUAAAAGCGUGAGAGAAAUUGACUCGAGGAGAGCUCCUGUCAGUGGUAGCCAAUAAUGUGUCUCUUGUAACUGCGAAAAGCAUACACGGCGGUGGAAAUAUAACCCACCAGAGCCGAGGACACGAGCACGACCAGCGCCGACACCGCACGGACCGCCGACUUGCUCCCGCAGGACAGCAUGCCGAGCCUAAUCUCGAUGACGCUGAUCAUGGACAGCAUCAGGAAGACGCAGCCCAUGACCGAGCCGAAGGCCGAGCCGACCAUCCCGAACCUGAGGACCUUGAUGUUGAUGUGGGCCCUGAGGGCCUCGUUCACGUCCUUGCUGUUGAGGAGGUUGAUGGCGAGCUUGAGGCCCUGGGCGACGAGGGAGGAGAAGAGGAAGAAGCUGAAGGAGACGACCUCGAAGACCAGGAGCUUCUUGACGACAUCGAUGCCGGCGUCGCAGGGGCCCGGGUUCUCGAGGCUGUGCUGGGGCGGGGUGGUGAGGGAGAGCCCCACGAAGACGGCGAUGGUGAAGAGGGAGUUCACGUUCACGAGGCCGUCGAGGGCGGUCACCUGGACGCUCGUCGUGGUGGUGGCGGCGGAGGAGGAGGAGGACACGGUUCUCGCCGCGUUCUGCGUGUAGUAGUCCUUCGGGUACGCCCCGGAUCUGCAAGAAAAGGGGAGAAGGAACGUUAAUAUGUAGGGGGAGAGAGAGAAAGAGAGAGAGUUACUCGUCCAUGGAUGGAUCUUGAAAAUGCUGGUCAAGAAACACGGGCUUAGGCUUUGGACUGUCUGCUACAGAGAGAGAGAGAGAGAGAGAGAGAGAGAGAGAGAGUUACUCGUCCAUGGAUGAUGGAUCUUGAAGAUGCCGGUGAAGCUACGGAGGGCUAAUGCUUCGGACUGUCUGCUACACAGAGAGAGAGAGAUCUACUGUUAAUGUUAACUUUCUUGGUGAUUGCUUGCAGGGUUUUGCAUCGAUGUUUCUUGGAAGGGAGAGAGGGAGA